AUGUAUAAUUAUGUUGGAGAUCCAGAGCCUUAUGCUGUGGAGAUGGAUAAGGAUAUCAAAAGAGCUGGCUUGAACUAUAGCAUAAGUGUCAUCGUUUAAAUAAAAUUAUCAGAUUCUAAGGAUACGGAGUUAGGUAAAGGCCAAGAGAGUGAAAUUAUUUAUGGGUGA